AUGGAAAUAUGCGAAUAGUUUAAAGAGACUGUAAAAAUGCGAUAUUUAAUAUAGCUUCAAGAAUAAGAUGACAAUAAAAGAUAAACAAUGUUGUUUAGUGUAUGUCGAAAAUUGAGUAGAAUAUUGCCUUUUCCUUCUGUUAUCUCAGUAUUAUAAUAAAAACCUAAUAUUUUGAAAUACUUAUUGAUCGCCAGUUAAUUAUUUGAAAAUAGUGCCUUGUUAUUAUUUUAUGCAUUAUAAGAGAGGUACUGGGAAGAAUAGGAUUAUGUGAAACUGUAUUUUGAUUGUGUUAUCAAAUGUCUAAUUAAUCAGGAGAGUAAUUGUCAAACUGUGAUUAAUAAUGAAACCAAGCUAAGAUGGUUUUUGCUAGAAAAUUCUAAAAAUUUUAUUAAUAAAAUCUAGAUUCCCUUUUUUAACAAUGAAAUUGUUUGUUAAAAAGUGAACAACUUCUUUAAGAGUUUCGUUAAAUACAACUCUAAUUUUGAUAUGCUUAAUUCUUGUUUCUAAUUUGCUUUGGAGAAGAGAAACGUUUGGAUCUUAUUAAGAGAAUUGGAUUUACAGUUUGAAACCGAAGUUGAAGAUUCAUUGGUUGCCUUAAGUUAAGUAAUGAGCACUAAGAAUUUAGAUUUUAUAAGUGAGAAAGUAGAAUAAAAAAGAGAAGAAGCAUCAAGUUAUGGUUUAACAAAAAAAGAAUUAAAAUAGUAAAUGUUAGAAGAAUGGUUAUUUCAGCCUAGUGAAGUACCAUUAUUAGUAGCUAAUCAUGCUACUAUUGAUUAAUUGAGUAGCGAAGUUUUUAAAUCGAAUAUGCUUUUAGAUUUGUUUUUAUCUUUCAUAUUGUUUCCAACAAGAAACCCAUAAGUUGUUCCAAAUAAAUUAUACAAUAUUUAUGUAGAUCUCAAUCCCCCAGAACCUCCUUCAUUCAGAUAACUAAAUGUUAAUGUUUCAUCAGAAAAAAGACCGUUAAUCCAAUUCAGAGCUUUCAGAACUAUGCAAGUCUUAACUGAUAACAGAAACAAUUUCUUGUUGACAAGAGCCAAUAAGGAAUAUUAUCAAAGAGCAUAUUCUAUGCUUUAUGAAUGUCUCAAAUAGGAUUUAGUGGCUAUCACAAUAUGCCCAGAAAUUAUUGUAUAAUAUUUGUCCUUCCUUUUAUACUAAGAACCAGAUAUUUCAACAUUCUUUCUCAUAUUUUAUAAUAUUCCUUAUAGGUUGAUGCUAUUUUUAGAUAUUCCAGAAAUCUCCUAAUUGUUUACUCAAUUAAUGAGUUUUCUCCAUACUCCAUAUAACAAAGUGCAUACUGAAUCUAAUAAUCUGAUUUGGUAAUAUUUUGAUGUUUCUAAUUUUUUUUCUGAUCUACUCAAAAUGACUAUAUUUGAUUCUAAAACAAUCGAUGAGGUAAUCACAUAAAAAUCAAAUGAAUUUUAUAGACCUAAAAAAUUAGAAGAUGUUUUAAAAAGACCUGACUUCACCCCUUUAUAAGUUGAAAAACAAUUCCCUUAUCCAGAAUAAAAGAAAGUUGCUGAAGAAAUAGAUGAAUUGGAUUAGGAUCUUGAUCUAAUCUUCCCUUAUCUGCCUAAUAAAUGUUAAAAGACUCUUAAAAUCUUUGAAAGAAUGCUUGAUUAAGCAACAAAAAAGAAAGAAAGCAAAGCAAAAUAAAGAAUGUCUCUAACAGCCACUCCACCUCAAUUUUUAUAAACUAAAAAUCUUAAAACUGAAGAAUAAACUCCUGUAGUAUUUAGUCCUACCAGAAGGAGAACCAUUUUAGCACCAAGACUUGCAUCGAUCCUUGAGGGCAGUCUUAAAAAAUCAAUAGUAGUGAAUCCUGUAGAGUUUGAUACUAUACCUUAAACUACAACCACUAGUACUACAAGAAGCCAAUUAUAAGCUUUGACUAAUCCAAAUAAUUUAUUUGGUGUAUUGACUGAAUAAAUUCAAUUAAUCAACAAUAAGAAUACUUCUGAAGUUAUUUAAAAACCUAUGUAUUAAAGAAUGCUAGUCAAAAGACCAACUUAAAUCAUUAUGCUUCAUAGCAGAUCAAUUUCUAAUUAAAAGAGAAUAAGUUAAUAGUCUUCUCAAAUUAAUAUUACUGAAUCUCUUAAUAAAUCAAAAAUACAAAAUUCAAUCAUCUUAAAUAAAUUCACUCAUUUAGUUGGAUCAAUUAAAACCUAUGAUAUCGAUAAAGAGUUUUGUAUCUAUCCUCCAGAAUUAAAGGAUUAAUAGAUUGAUGACUUUGAAAAAUUGGCUUUCGACGAUCAAUUCCAGAAACUUACAUAAAGAAACGAGAAUUACACAAAAGGAGCUUUAUAAUGCAUUUAUGAUAUCUUGCAUAUGAUCUUUGCUUAAACGAAGUUCAUUUUAUCAAAUAAUCAUCAAUUUGAAAAUCCUGAUUACUAUUUAAAUAUCUUGAUGGGGGAAAAUAAAUCAUAAUUCAUAAAUAUCAUAGCCAAGAAUUAUUUGUUGAAAUAGAAAUCAGAGGAAGACUUACUUUGUACUUUUAUUAUUGCUGGUAGAAUAUAUAAUUUGGUAUUGAGUUAGUAAAAUACUCAACUAUUAAACUUCAACUUCCAGGAGCAUUUAAUCUUAAUAACUAAGAUUCUUUUAACCUAACUUCUCACAUCAAGAUUGUCAAUAAGAGCGAUUACAUUAUUGGAAAGUGUCACAUUGAUAUUAGAAAACACAAAAUCUAAAUUGCUCACUCAUAUCCCAAUAUCUUUUUGGCAUUUAUUGAUUGAGUCUUAUUCAAUUCAUAAUACCAAUCAAAUUUUCAUAAACUACUUUAGAAGAAUUUUGAUUACUACUUUCAUUUAUGGGAACCUUGUUGUUUAUAAUAGAGUUUUACUAAAAAUCAAUUUUCUCUCUUAUUUUAGGGAGAGUCCUGAGCAAAUUAAAUAGAUUUUUCUUGUAUUAUAUAUGAUGUUCAAAUUAAGACAAGAUGGUUUGAAGCAGUUAAAUAAAUAAAUUACAAUGUUAUCUUCUUGGAAUGCUCUAACAGAAUAGUUCAACAAGGAUUUACAACGUCUUGACUAAUAAAAGUAUUAAGAAUAUACAAAGGGACUUAGAAAGGAAGAUCUUGCUCAGAUUUAAACAUUGAUUGAAAAUAAGGAUUUAAUAAAGAAUUAAUUUUACAAACCUUGA